AAUGUGAGUGUUCAUACAAAAAAAAAACCACUUUUUCGGCAAAGUACCAAAAUCAAGACAGUUGCCUUUACAUUAUGUCUGAAAAUGAAGAAAAUAGGGAAGGUCAACACAACGACCACAGUCAUUAUGAUGAACAAUUAAGACGUAAUAUUGUAGAGGCCAUAGAAAUAGUGAAAGAUUUAAUAGAAGAAUGUGAGGUUCGGCUUUCGGGACCACAACCAAAACCACGACGUCGACGAGGAAUAAGAGUUGAAAUAGAAGGAAAUGUCGAAAGUGAAAACUCAGAUAUAACAACUAAUACUUCAAUUAGCUCAACAGAAACUGAAAUUGUAAUGCAAAGAGAAAGUGUAAGUGUUAAAAACGAUAGUGAAACUGAAAGCACAAACCAACAAAAACUACCUUUACAAUCAAGACUUGACUUACAAAAAGAGGAACAGAGAAGAGUAGAGUCCAUAGCAGAAAAAAUAGGUUUAUGUGAUUCAAAAACCCAGCAUGAACAUUUACCUAAGGAGAACCUGGAAUUAAAUGCAAUUCCUGAUUGUAAAGACUUUGUUCCAUCUAAAACUCAAACUCCUGUAAAGGAAUCAUCUGAUGUAGAAUGUGUUGUUGCUCCCACUUCAUAUGAUAUAAACAGCAGUAAAAUCGGUUGUGGUAUUAAUGCUACUUCAAAUCAAGAAAUAAGUAAUAAAACGGCUAAGCUGGAUAUAACAACAUCUAAUGAGUCUACAAAUAAUACAGCUUCUGAUGUUGACUCAUCCAGUUCGAAGAAAAAGGUAGACACAUUACUAGAAAGGCAAAAAUAGAUGAAUACGCCAUAAAUUUCUCAUUCUUCGUGAUAAAAUCAAUUCAAAAUUUGACUGUCUUUAAUUUAAACACAUUU